CCCCGCCCCCAGGCACCUGCGGAAGGGUGCUAGGCACAGCUCCUUGCAGAGGUGAAGGGACAGCAGCGUUGGCGGGAAGGCCCGGAGCUCUGGCACGCGGGCAGGUCUCACAGCUGCAGGGCUGCUAUGAGCCUGGUAGCCUGUGAAUGUCCACCUGGCCCAGGUGUGGAGCCAGAGCCCUGUUCGCGAGCACGGUCCCAGGCCUGCGUGUACCUGGAACAGAUUCGUAACCGGGUAGCUACAGGGACACCUGACAUGACCAAGCGUGACUACCUGGUAGAUGCAGCUACACAGAUUCACCUGGCCCUGGAGCGAGAUGUUAGCGAAGACUACGAGGCGGCCUUCAACCACUAUCAGAAUGGUGUGGAUGUGCUGCUCCGUGGUGUGCAUGUUGACCCCAACAAGGAGAGACGUGAAGCUGUAAAGCUGAAAAUUGCCAAGUACCUACGGAGGGCAGAGGAGAUCUUCAACUGCCACCUGCAGCGGACACUAGGCAGUGGAUCUUGCCCCAACACGGGCUUCAGCAGCUUGAGGCUCCGGCCCAUCCGAACGCUGAGCUCUGCUCUGGAGCAGCUGAGGGGAUGCAGGGUCGUCGGGAUCAUCAAGAAGGUGCAGUUGGUCCAGGACCCAGCAACAGGAGGAACCUUCGUUGUGAAGAGCCUUCCCAGGUGCCACAUGGUAAGCCGGGAGCGGCUGACAAUCAUUCCACAUGGAGUCCCCCACAUGACAAAGCUGUUGCGGUACUUCGUGAGUGAGGACUCCAUCUUCUUGCACCUGGAGCAUGUGCAAGGAGGCACUCUUUGGUCACAUCUACUCUCCCAGGCCCACUGUCAGUCUUCUGGGCUCAAGUCUGCCUCUGCCCAGGAGAAGUCAAAGGCCCAGCUCAACACCCACCUCAGCCUCAUGACGUCAGCGAAGCUCAUACCAGGCCACACCUUGGGGCAGGGCAGAAUCCCAACGGAGCCUCCAUGGACUUCUCAAAGCCUUCCACCGACCAAGGAGAUCCCAUCUCUCCAGCGUCAGAGAGAGGCUGACGGUGAACCUUCAGCCAGGACCAGUGCUUUCUAUGCUUCAGGCCUCACAGAGACCCCAUGUAGCCACUUGCGCAGUCAAGUCAGGCGAGCAGGCCAGAAUUGGAACCCUGCACCCACUGGGAGGCUCCACUGGGUACGGGAAGGGGCUGACCGGGUGCUAGGGGCCUGUGGCCGAGGCAGAGGUCAGAACCCCACAUCAGUGAACAGGGCCAGCCUGGGGAGUGGACGAGCUGCCUGGAGCCUGAGGGAGGAUCAGGUGACGCUGUGGGCGGCUGAGAUUCUGUUGGCCCUGGAGGCACUGCAUGAGCAGGGGGUGCUGUGCCGGGACCUCAACCCGCAGAACCUACUUCUGGACCAGGCAGAAGGUCACAUCCAGCUUACAUAUUUUGGCCAGUGGUCAGAAGUGGAACCUCAGUGCAGCCAGGAGGCUGUGGACUGCCUGUACAGUGCUCCAGAGGUUGGGGGCAUUUCUGAGCUGACUGAAGCCUGUGACUGGUGGAGCUAUGGGUCACUUCUAUAUGAACUACUCACAGGAACGGCACUGUCCCAGAGCCACCCCUCAGGAUUCCAGGCCCACACCCAACUCCAGCUGCCUGAGUGGCUCAGCCGCCCAGCAUCUUCUCUGCUGACUGAGCUGUUGCAGUUUGAUCCCCAGCGGCGCCUAGGUGCUGGAAGUGGUGGCACCAGCAAACUCAAGUCCCACCCCUUUUUUAGUACUAUCCAAUGGAACCGACUCAUGGGGUAAGAGGUGGGUAAGUGGGCACAAAAGAUGGCCUGCUUCUCAUGACUGCCCACCACCUGGGCUGGCCCCUCUCAUCAGCGAACUUCAGGGAAAGAAGGCAGGGCAGUAGCCGCUUUUCGCUUUUCCUGCUCAGAACCUGGUUGGGCCUCAGAUUGAUGACUGAUACUGUCCUAAAAAAA